AUGGACUCGCAACGUCCGAACGAUGUGUCGCCCGAGGCCAUGCAGGCGCGCAUUCAGCAGGCGCGACGCGAGGCUGAGAACUUGAAGGAUAGGAUCAAGCGAAAGAAGGAUGAAUUAGCCGAUACUACUCUCCGCGCCGUGGCACAGCAAUCUCACGAAGCAAUUCCCCGAAAUCAAUUAAUGAAGACAAAGAGGACACUAAAGGGACACUUGGCGAAGAUAUACGCCAUGCACUGGUCGACCGACCGAAGACAUCUAGUAUCAGCUUCACAAGAUGGCAAGUUAAUCAUUUGGGAUGCGUAUACGACGAACAAAGUCCACGCCAUCCCCUUACGGUCAUCAUGGGUUAUGACCUGCGCUUACGCACCGAGCGGCAAUUACGUUGCCUGCGGUGGUCUCGAUAACAUCUGCUCCAUCUAUAAUCUCAACCAGAACCGAGAUGGACCGACACGCGUAGCUCGUGAGCUAUCUGGUCAUGCUGGUUAUCUAUCUUGCUGCCGAUUCAUUAACGACCGGAGCAUCCUUACUUCGUCUGGUGACAUGACUUGCAUGAAGUGGGAUAUCGAGACCGGAACAAAGGUUAUGGAAUUUGCCGACCAUCUAGGCGAUGUCAUGAGCAUUAGUCUAAACCCUACGAAUCAAAACACUUUCAUAUCCGGCGCUUGCGACGCAUUCGCGAAGCUAUGGGAUAUCCGUGCCGGCAAGGCCGUGCAGACAUUCGCUGGUCACGAGUCUGAUAUCAAUGCCAUCCAAUUCUUCCCAGAUGGCCAUUCAUUUGUAACAGGAUCCGACGACGCGACGUGCAGACUGUUUGAUAUUCGAGCAGAUAGGGAACUCAAUCUCUACGGGUCUGAAUCCAUUCUAUGUGGUAUCACGUCUGUCGCCACUUCUGUUUCUGGUCGCCUACUGUUCGCUGGAUAUGAUGACUUCGAAUGCAAGGUAUGGGAUGUCACCAGAGGAGAGAAGGUCGGAUCUCUCGUAGGUCACGAGAACCGUGUCAGCUGUCUGGGCGUUAGCAACGACGGUAUCAGCCUGUGCACCGGCUCUUGGGACUCUGUGCUCAAAAUCUGGGCAUACUAG